AUGGAGCCCCAAAUAACACCAAAUACGUUCUGCACGUAUACCGGGCGCCCGAAAGAUGCUACGACGACGGUUUUCUUCAUUUCCGGGAACCCGGGACUAAUUGGUUACUACCACCCGUUCUUGUCUUUGUUAGGAGAGUAUCUGGCCAAUUCGGGAGAUCGGUCAAGUACACAGCAUGUCUUGAAGAAGACAGACUCGUCUAUUCAGAUUUACGGAUGCAGUCUCGGUGGAUUCGAGGUUCAAUCUCAGAAUGCCUCACCGACUAUGACGACCGGGGAUGCCUAUCCAGAUAGGAGGUCCACGUUAUACGAUUUGGAAGAUCAGAUUGUUUUCGUCCAUGAUAAACUCAACACGCUCAUGAGUCAGAAUGCUUCUUCUGCCAAUGAUCCAUCCGAAUCUUCAGCUAGACGGAAAGUCAUCCUUAUCGGCCAUUCCGUGGGCGCAUACAUCGCGAUGGAAGUCCUACGACGACACCGCGAAGUCAACCCCGUACAAGCAGAUAAUGGAUAUACAGUCGACUUCGACAUUAUCGGCGGUGUGAUGCUUUUUCCAACGGUGAAGGAUAUCGCGCAUUCGCCCUCGGGACAGAAAUUGACGACUCUUUUAUCGUUUAUACCACAUCUAGCGCUGGUAGUCAGCUUCUUCGCUCGCAUAUUAACCACACUCCUACCAACACCAGCCUUAAAGGCCUUGGUUAAACUAGUAAUGCAUAAUCCACCAGCCCACGCCUUGGACACUACGACCUCCUUCUUGAAAAGUGCAGGUGGCGUGCGACAAGCUCUACACAUGGCCGCGGAUGAAAUGCGAACAAUUACAUCCGACAAAUGGACAGAUGAUAUCUGGGGUGUGACGCAUGCGCGUGAACCGCUUACAAGGCUGUUUUUCUACUUUGGUCGGAAUGAUCAUUGGGUUGCUGAGAAGACGAGGGAUGAGAUUGUUGCUGUUAGGGGGUGUAAGAAUGCUGAUAGUGAGGGGGAGGGAUUGGGACCGAGGAUGUUUGUUUGUGAGGAGGGGUUGCCGCAUGCUUUUUGUUUGAAGCAUGGUGAUGUUAUGGCUCGGAAGGUUGCGAGGAUGAUUCGGGAGAUUGGGAGUGCUUGA